GUUUCACGUAGUCGUUGUUUCCUGGAGUCUUGGACAGUCUCAGUCUGGUGAUUCAAAUCCUCAAUCUGAAUACAUCAUGGACGACGAAUCGCAACACAUACUGAAAUAUUUGACCGAAAUUGAGGUGGCGGCAGAAGAUGUUCUUUCUGAUAAACAACAGAUGGUUGACCUCGACGUGAAACGACACAGAAAUAGAGAAGCUCUCAGUGCGCUCCGGGAUGUCAGCCAGCAGUCCGAAGGUAAAGUAAAGGUUUGUUUUGGGAAUAUGUUUAUAAAACUACCCAAGGCUACAACAAAGAACAUGAUUCAAAAAGAUCAAGAGCAGCUGGACAGGGAAAUAAGUGAUCUCCGUAAACGUUUGAAAGCAAAAGUAAAUCAUCUCAAUGACCUGCAGGGAAAACCUGAGCUGACCGGCUACAACCUCUCUCCUCUAACAAGCGAUGAGAUUAAAGCAAUCCACAGUCUCCUGAAGAGAUGAGUUUCACUACUGGUUGUAUGUGAAAGCAACUGAACUUGACAUUCUUUGAGAAAUUGAGGAAAGUGGAUGCUUCAAGAUCAGUCAGUCUGUGAAGUGAUUCAUUACCAUUAUUUCCGAGUUGGAGGAAGAGAGACUGGAAUUUCAUCUACUGUGGACUACAGCGUGCACCCUUUGUACCUUUUUUAUUUUUACCAGGUGAAAAAGCUUGCAUUUGGCGAUGCAGUUUAAUAUGGUAAAGGACUGAAGACAAAGUACACAUUACUUCUCCUGAAUGUAUGUUGUGUUUAUUAGCAGAUGGAAUGACUGGUGUACUGUACUGUAUCUGUAUUUGUAUCACUGACAAGCUUCUGCUAUAGCAGUCUUGCAUCAAGCUUGCUCAUCAAACUGUGUCCAUUAACAAAAAAUCAAAAGACGAAAUUGGAAAAUAAAGACGAUUACUUUACAAAA